AUUAUGAGUGACUCAUUGAGAUCACUGUCAACAAAUCAAUCGAGUUGAAGGACAAAUCAGCAAAAAGAAAAAAGUUCAAUCUACUUCUUCAAAGACUAAUCGUCCUUAAAAUAUUAGUUAUAAUGAGCUCAUAGAUUUAUUGCAUCCAAAUCAUUUAUUCAUUAAUAUUAGUUUGGAAGAAAAGUUCAAUGCAAUUGAAAUCAUUGAUUCCACCUAUUUCCCAAAUUUCAAAUUUGUAGUUGAUGAAAACCUAGAAGACACAGAAGUCAAAUGGAAGCGUUUGCCUUCAUUUAUUAAAUUGACAACCUGAAACAGAUGUAAUCCUUUAGUUUUCAUAUAUAAUAAAUCAUCAUAUAAUGUCAUAUCAUAUAUUUUGUCGUCCUUUCUCCUUACUCUCUCUCUACCAAAAAACUAAUACAAUCAAUCAAUAUCCUAUUAAUACGUUAUUAAUUGAUACAAAUUAAACUAUCAUUUAUAUCAUUCUUAUAUAAUUAUAAUCAAUAUUCUAAUUAAGAUUACAACUCAGAAUAAUUCCAAACAGAAAUUGCGAAUUUUCUAUAUAAGGACUAUAUUAGAGUAAGGAGAUGA